GCCAGAAAGCCACCACGUCUUGAUGAGGAGAGAUUGAGACCAGGUAUGAUAUCGGUUAUAAUUGUCGGAUUUCUGCUGAUUCUCCUCUCUGACACGUCUGUGUCAGUGUCACUGAGUGUUGUGGUACCUGAAGAUGAGAUAGUGGGUCAGGUGGGAUCUACAGUCACUUUCCCCUGCUGGAUCUCUCCUCCUCAGAACGCUGAAGCUCUGGAGAUUCGCUGGUAUCGUCCAGAACACUUCCACACUCCUGUUCUCUUCUAUCGUGAUGGGAAGAUCCAGGACAUCCAGGAGGAACAUUACAGGAACCGGAGUUCUCUGGGCCUGCACUCAGCACAGUCUGGAGGACUGAAGGAUGGAGAUGUUUCUCUGCGGCUGGACAAGCUCACAGUUCAGGAUGAAGGUGUUUUUUACUGUUAUGUGAGCGGAGACAAGUCAUACGACAGCCAAAUUGUAGCUCUCAGCGUUACUGCUUUAGGAUCCACUCUUGUCCUGAUUCCAAAGCCUGUAUCUGAAAGUGAGGUGAACAUGAGCUGUAGAUCCAGCGGCUGGUUUCCAGAGCCAAACGUCAGGUGGAUGUCAGAUAACAGAAAGCUUCUCUCUCCUGGACAAGUGUCUGUCAGUCGUGCAGUAGAUGGGAUGUUCUCUGUCCAGAGCUGGACGAUCAUCUCUCCCUCUGAUACUCAACUCAUCUCAUGUUUACUGGUUCUCAACACUGGAGAACACAGAGAAGCAACCAUUGACAUCACUGACGUCAUCAACUCAGAGGUCACAUCAGGUCCAUGGAAGGCACUUUUCAUCACUUUUCUCAUUUUACUUCUGUUGGGUUUGGCUGGAUUUAUCGUAUACAAAUACAGAGAGAAACGAACAGCGAAGAAUCCAGCUAAACAAAUUGAGGGAGACAUCAAUAUGGAAGAACUGAGAAAAAAUGCAGUUCAGAUCACUCUCGACCGUGAUACUGCUCAUCCAGAUCUGAAGAUUUCUAAAGAUCUCAAAUCAGUCAGAGAUCCCGAAAGAUACGAGGUUAAGAAUGAGGGAUUUCCAUAUGAACUGUGUGUAUGUGGAGCACAAAAAUUCAGCUCUGGUCGACAUUAUUGGGAGGUCGAGUUGGUGCAAAACAACGUACCUCCCAAGAAUUACUGGUUGAUUGGCGUGAUGAAAGAUGAUGGUUCAAAUGGUUUUCACACUAACACUGAUCCACAGAUAACUCUGUCACUGUCCUUCAGACCCGAGCGAUUGGGUGUUCUGUUAGAUUGUGACAACACUCAACUGUCUUUUUACAAUGCUAAACACUGUCAACAUCUCCUCACCAUCAACACCAAAUUCUCUGGAUUAGUUGUGCCUCUAUUUAAUCCAGGUGUAGGAGAUCAGGGUCCAUUAAAAAUUCUGGAUGUUUCAGAACCUGUAGAAUCACCUGAUACUAAUGAACCUUUACUGGAUAAAGACUCAGAAGCUUGA